CCACAAACCAAAAACCAGUGGAGGUGAGUUUCGUAAUUUUAUCACACUUGACGCGAGUCCCGAAGAAUCCAUGUCUCGGCUUCCCUCGACUUCUUUCAAUUCAUUUCCGCACUUCUCUCUCUCUCUCUUAUAUCUCGGCUCUCACUCACACUCACACUCGUCUCUUCACUUCGAUCCCUUUGUUUCUUUUUCUCUCUCUGCCAAACAAAACCUAAAAAUCUUCGCCGGAGCUAAAAUGCUCCGAACCACAGCGAACUCGAGCUCACCAUGAUCUCGCUCUCUCACUCUAAGUUAACUGAACCAUGGAGCUCAACGAGCCGACGCGAGUUAUGCCUUUCGACAUCGACCUCAACGAACCUCCUCUUCCUUCUCCUCGCGACUCUCACCUCUCUCCUCCUCCUCCUCCGCCUCCCUCUCCGCCUCCGCCGCCGCCGCCGAGCCGACCUCGCGCCGCCGUGCUUCUCGAUAUCAAUGCGGCUCCGCCCAUCGAACCCGACGCUGAUCAAUGCCUCCAAUCCAUGAACUCUCGAAUGCACGUAGUGCGUGAUUCUUCUUUUAUUGGAAACUCAUUAAAUGACCCAGUGACAUGUUCAAAUUUGUUAUAUGUGGGGAAUGAAUUUGAUCUUCUGAAGACACCUGGCAGUGUGAGACAUAAUGUUAGAUCAGAUUUUAAAGAUUCGGUGCAGCAGAGACUGAAUUUUGAUGGAAAUUUUACUGAAACAGAUCUAGGCUCUAAACUAAAAGGAGGGCUUUGGGCUAGCGAUACUACACCCCAUAAAAUACCAUUCCAGAAUCCAAGUGAGGCAUAUAUGCAAGAACUGAGAGAAUUUAUUGCUGAAAAUCAUGGCAUACUCGAGGAUGGUUGGCGAGUAGAAUUAAGCUAUUGUCAGAAUAGAAAAAAAAUCUUUCCCGUUUACUGUGCCCCAGAUGGAAAUAAGUUCCCUUCAAUGUUUGAUGUUGCCCGUCAUCUUGGGUUGGUACUAGACUGCCUCUCUGUAGAACCUGAGGGCACAAGUGAUAGAUUUGCUUUUUUGCGCAAAAGAUUGCAUUUGUGCCGGAGAAAAGAGUCUAUGUAUUCAAAAGCGAAGAAUUUGGAAAGAUUCCAAGAAAAUUUGAGAAGUUUUCAUGGAGAGGUCUCAUUGGGCAUUGGGACUGAGGUUAAUCAGGCCUGCAGGUUGAAGGAUAAUUCAGGAACCACAGAGACUACAUCAUCAGAGGAUAAUGAAGGCUGUGCUGUUGGGCAGGUUCAGGAAGGACUCCCAAUUCAGUUUGAAGACUUCUGUAUUCUUUCUGUGGGGGAGGUUGAUCCCCGACCCUCAUAUCAUAAUACUAGCCAGAUCUGGCCAAUAGGCUAUAGAUCCAGCUGGCAUGAUAGGAUUACCGGGUCUCUUUUUGUGUGUGAUAUCUCAGAUGGUGGAGAUUCUGGUCCAGUUUUCAAGGUUCAAAGAUUUUCAUGUUCUGCGCGGCCUAUUCCUAUUGGAUCAACAGUAAUCUCCAAGCCAGGCUUUGGCUUACACAAUGCUGAAGGUAAAGUGGAAAGUGAUGAUUCAACUACUUUUGUUAUAAUUGAUGAUGAUGAUAUAAAUAUUCAGAUGAUAUUGUUUGAUCAUAGCCCUCCACAACUAGAUCAUGAUAGGUUAGCAGGUUCUGGGAAUAUUUCAAAUGAAGUCUGCAAUUUGCAGACAAUGAAUAGUUUGCAAACAGAGUCAAAUUUCUUUCCUCAAAGUCCUAGGAAAUAUACAGCUGUGAACUCUGGGGUGAUAGAUAAUAUUGGUGAAUUCUUAGUAGAAGGGAGAUCAUCAAUUUCAGUAUGGAAAAUGGUAUCUCAAACUUUAGCAGAUGCUUGCCGCAAUGUAUACAAGAAGACUGGUUUAUGUAAGUUUUGCUGCAAGGAUGCUGUCCCUAGAAUGUGGUCAUCAUGCUUGCACUCUGAGAGUACAAAAAGUGAUGAUUCAUUGGCUAAGUUUUGCUAUAUUUCUGGCCCUAUUAACAUCCCAUGUUGUAUUCAAAGUGAUGAUGAGCUCAUUACUACUUGUGAAGCACUGGUGAAGUGGUUAGACCAAGACCGAUUUGGACUAGAUAUGGAAUUUGUGCAAGAAUUUAUAGAACAGCUUCCUGGGGUACAUGCCUGUUCAGAAUAUAAGUUCCUUAAUGAAAGAUGUGACGUAUCAAAAUUACAAACUGUUGGAAGUGGGUUUCUUCUUGUCAAAAGGAAGACUGGUAUGCAAAGUGAGAAAGAAGCAGAUGGUUUUCUCAAAGGCUGUAAAAGAUCUAGGAAGCGGGCAUUUGAAGAAUCUGUCAAGAAAGAUUGCUCUCCUCCUGGCAAGCCAGUUAGCUUAAAGCUUCCUGCUGAUUCAAUUGGUGAUGUUCUUCAGUCUUGGGAGUUACUUUGCCGUUUCUCUGAAGUUUUAGGGCUGGAGGAACCUUUAUCAUUCAAGGAACUUGAAGAGGAACUUAUAAAUGGCUAUUCCUUUAUUACUAGGAGAACUUUGACGAAGGUUCACUGCUCACUCCUAAAAGUGCUACUAGGUGAACUGCAGGUCAAGGUGGCAGCAUUUGUAGAUCCUAAUUCUGAUGUUGUAGGAUCUAAGUUUAGACGGGGAAGGAAGAAAGAUGCAGACUACGUGAUUUCUGUCAAGAAAUCCAUGCUUGACAUGCUCCCAGUUGAUGAACUUACAUGGCUAGAAUUAGCUCGAAGGUACAUUUUAACUGUUUCAUUCAUGCAUGGUAACCUUGACUCUACAGAGAUCAUUGGCCGUGAGAGUUGCAAAGUGUUGCAGUGUUUGCGAGGUGAUGGUGGACUAAUCUCUGAUUCUAAUGUGGAAGUGGCUGGAAGAGAAGCAGAUACACUGCUGCUUGCAGAGGCUACAAAGCAAAUCUUUGGCUCAGCACACAGUGUCGAUAAUGGUUCAAGUGUUGAACACAAGAAGUCUGAUACAAUUGUUGGUUGCAAAACAGUUACAGUGAAUAAUGGUGAAACUCCUGAGUGGGCGCAAGCUCUGGAACCUGUUAGAAAGCUACCCACUAAUGUUGGAGCUAGAAUUAGAAACUGUGUUUAUAGUGCUCUGGAGAAAGAUCCCCCAGAAUGGGCAAAGAAGGUACUGGAGCAUUCAAUAAGUAAGGAAGUUUACAAGGGAAAUGCUUCAGGGCCUACCAAGAAAGCUGUGCUCUCAAUACUGGCAGAGGUGUGUGGUGAAGACCCGCAGCAGAAACCCAAUAGAAAGAGGAAAGACAAGUGUGUUAACACUGUAUCUGAUGUGAUUAUGAAACAAUGCCGAAAUGUGCUUCACCUAGCCGCAGCUGCAGAUAAAAAAAUGGUUUUUGGUAGCGUGCUUGGAGGAUCACUUAAUAUUUCUGAUGAUGAUGAUGAUGAUGAGGGGCUUCUUCAAUCUCCUUCAAUGUUGUCACGUCCUUUAGACUUCAGAAUUAUUGAUAUGAAAUUGACUUCUGGGGCAUAUGGUGGAUCACAUGAUGCUUUUCUUGAGGAUGUUCGAGAGGUUUGGCGUAACAUUCGAACUGCUUGUGGAGAUCAGGCAGAUUUGAUCCAUUUGGCUGAAACAUUAUCCCAAAAAUUUGAAGUACUUUAUAAAAAAGAGGUUCUCAAUUUUGUCCCAAAACUUGUGGAUAAUGAAACUGGAGGAUGCUCAAGUGCUGAAGCAAAAAACAAGAUGGGAGAUAUUAAUGAAUGUGCAAGAGAGAAUCCCAAGGCUCGUUCAGAUGAGGGUGUCUGUAAAUUGUGCGGUGUGAAUAAGGAUGAUAAGAAUGUGUUGUUGUGUGAUACGUGUGAUUCAGGGUAUCAUACAUAUUGCUUAAAUCCUCCACUUGCCAAAAUUCCUCAUGGAAACUGGUAUUGUCCUUCUUGUGUUACUGGUAAUUGUAUCACUCAAGGAUCUUCACAAAGUACUGAGGUCAUUAGCAGGUUCCGGAAAAAGAGAUGUCAAAGAGAGUUCAAUCACAGAUUUCCAAAAGCUCUGGCCCAUUUGGUAACCACAAUGGCGAUGAAGGAGUACUGGGAAUACACCGUAGAGGAGAGGAUUUUUCUUCUAAAGUUCUUGUGUGACGAGGUGCUGAACUCUGCUAAAAUUCGGGAACACCUAGAACAGUGUGCCUCUAUGUCUGCUGAUUUGCAGCAGAAACUGCAUUCACUAUCUUCAGAAUGGAGAAACCUGAAGUUGAGAGAAGAAGUUGUAGCUGCCCAAGUGGGGAAAGUGAACCAAAGCACGCUCAAUGGUGUUGGAAAUUCUGUAACAGAAGAAGUUGCUAUAGUGCGAACAAGUUAUCGUAAAUUGAUGGGGCAACUACUUAGUAGAAGCAGUUGCAUGUCGCCCUUCUCCACUAAUAUGAAUACUUUGGAAGAUGGAUUAGGGUGGCCUGUGCCAAAUGAUUCCAGUAAACAACCAUGUUGGUUAUAUUCAAAAAGCAGUUCAGAGAAACAUUCUACCAGUAGUGGUAGUCAAAUUGUCAAGAUGCAUGAUGUUGAAUUUCAAAAAAAUCAACUAUCUUUUGGUAAGAAUGGUUUUAUAUCUGAGAAUUCUUUAUGUCGUAUGAUGCCUUCCAGUGAAAAAGAUUCAUACAGUAGGCAAAACAUGCUACCCUUUUCCAUUCCUCAACAACAGAAAGAUAAGCCUAGCAGAGCAAAUGUCACAUGGAGUAAUUUUGAAGGAAAGCAGGACUUGGAAAAUGGCAGUGUUGAUGGUUCAAGGGUGCCUUAUUGUGAAUUUCUAAGAGGUCAUCUCUCAUCAGAUACCAUUAGAACCCAUGUAGCUGAACAUGUACAUGCAGUGCACAUUAACAGUGGGAAUUUGUUUCCCAGCUAUCGUGGCAUCAUUCAACCUGCUGUGAAUGAAUCACAAGCCAAGAACCUCAAGGCAAGCUUCCUCAAGAAUGAGAUUACUGUUUUGCAGGAUUCAAUUGCCUGUCUAGAAUCACAACUUCUGAAGGUAUCAUUGCGGAAGGAUUUUCUGGGCAGGGACUCUGCUGGCCGGCUCUACUGGGGCUUUUCCUGGCCGGGUACGCCUCCAUGGGUGGUUAUUGAUGGGACUAUGUUAGUGCUGCAAAAGAAAAUAGAAAAACAGGGAACUUCAUUGCCUAGCAGUUCAACUUUGAGAUGUCCUUUUGGAACUGGGAGUGUUUUGAGUUCUGAAGGACUUGACAUAUCUAAUCCUUAUAUGUACGUGCACAAUGAUAACACAACUUUUCCAUGGAUUUCUUUUCAAUCUGACACUGAAAUUGAAGAACUAAUUCAAUGGUUGAGGGAUACUCACCCACUAGAGAGAGACCUAUUAGGUGCUAUUUUACAGUGGCAAAAUAUAAGAUACAAGGAUUCCAAUGAAGCAAUAAAUUGUGUUCAGGGUGUGGAUCAACCAACUUCGUCAAAGCCCGAUAACAGCGAAGAACUUGUAAAUUCUAAUGCUAUUGGGGCUUCAAUUGUACUGGAGAAGAAGUUUGGUGCUUGCUUGAAAUCAGAAUCUUCCAUUCCUAUGAAGCAGAGUUGGAAGGCAGAAGUAAAAUUUUCAGAGAAAAUGUGCCGAUGUGACUGCCUAGAACUCAUAUGGCCUUCUAGAUGCCAUUGCUACUCAUGCCACCAAUCAUUCUCUACUAGUGAGGAACUCAAGAGGCAUGACAAUGGAAUGUGCCAUCCAAGUGUGCCUACCUCUGGGAACAAGGUGAAUGGUAGUGUCUUGAAGGGGAAGGGGAUGAUGAUGACUGAAACCUCACUGGGGGAGUGCUCUAAUGAAAUAGGUCUUAGUAGAGUGUCGGGAAGUGUAAUGCAUGUGGUUGGGGUUGAGUUUAAUAAAAUCACGGAGGAGUUGGCUUGCCCAUUUGACAUUGAGGAGAUAAGUACCAAGUUUAUCACUAAAGACUCUAAUAAGGAAUUGGUACAGGAAAUAGGACUUAUUGGUUCAAAUGGUGUUCCAUCAUUUGUACCAAGCACAUCUCCUUUCCUGGAUGACCCCACCUUAAAGUUAGAGCCUUCUUGGAAAAAUGAGGGGAAGCAAGGUGGUAAUUCCAAGAACAUAGAAAAUCAGCUGCAACAUUCAGUGGAAGGGAAAAUGAAAAUCAAUGGGAGACAAGGCAAAUUUUCCAUUAACUCGACUAGAAGAUUUGCCAAGAAUGGGAAAUUUGAGGGAUCUAUGAAAGGAGUUAAAUCUCCUUUCUUGAAAAAUUCAGAUCUGAGGGUUGUGAACUGCUCCAUAAUUUGUGAAUCUUCAUCAAGACCCAUUAUUGGCAGGGCAGUUCAGCUUCUUAGGCAGCUCAAAAUGAACUUGCUCGAUAUGGAUGCUGCCCUUCCCGAGGAAGCUCUGAAACCAUCAAUGGCUGGUUUGGAUAAAAGACAUGCCUGGCGUGUGUUUGUUAAAUCUGCCAAGUCGAUAAUGGAGAUGGUUCAAGCAACUAUUGUAUUUGAGGAAAUGAUAAAAACUGAGUACCUGAGGAAUGGAAGGCAGUAUUGGUCAUCCCUCUCUGCUGCAGCCAGGAUUGCUACCAUCUCCUCCCUUGCUCUUCACAUAUGCACCUUAGAUGCUUCCCUUGUUUAUGAGAAGCCUUUGCCAAGUUCCAGUCCUACUGUGAUUGAAAAUCUGGGCAGCGAAUCAGAUAUAAAAAUUUUGACUUGUUCAAAUCCUUUAGAUACUCCAAUGACAAGUUGCAAGCCAGUCCAGAAGACUUUUGGUGUAGAUUUAACAGAUAAUGCCAACCCAAGUAGCAAAAGAAGCAAGAAAAGGAAAGAUUCAGGGGGAUGAGUAUGGAAAGGAAUGGGGGUUUUGCACUCACUUGUGUGCACUGGUUUUUAUCCUCAAAGAGCACGCUGGUUAAAACCAGAUUAUGUUAAGAACUACAGGUUUCCAUGAGGCCUGGUUGGGGAUAAAUCACAGAGCAAAUGAAAUGCAACAGUGAAAUUUGAGUACCUUCCUGUCGACUGGAUUUUCAAAUGAAUUGGAUUAUUGGAAUUCUACUGCUAUGUUUUGCACGCUAGAUGUUUUCCCGUUGUGGUGUGCUGAUUCUCUGGAGAAAGCUGGUUCGGACCCUCAUGGCUAUUGCUGACGAGCUGACACAAUCAAGCCACAUCCAAGGUUGUAGUAAAACCCUUGGGAGUAUGCUCCCAUUGUAAGCACGCACAGUACCCAAAAACCUCAUCUCAUGCUAAUGUUAAGUUACAUAUCAAUAAGUGCUCUGCACAUACUAGCAACGCUUUAUAACGAGCAUUGGCCUUUGAACCUUUUCUUUUCCCCCAUUUUCAGACUUACAAGAUCAUAUUCAAAUUAUGGACUUGGUUUGUACAGAAACAUCCCACAAAGACAACUAUAAAUUACAUCACUCACAGAAUACUGCUUA